CUAUGAAGAGUAUCAAAGAUGCUGAGUAAACGUUGGAGAUUUUUUUACCAGCGCAGACGCGCAAUAUAAAAGGAGGCGUGAAUUGCUAUUUUGUGAAUCAUUUUGUUAUUCACGCUUUUGUUAUCAUCUUCGACGUGAAACAAAAUGAAUUAUUUAAGGAUAUUUGUUAUCCUAUUUAUCGGAAUCUCGUGUGCAAAUGCCUUCAUAAAAAACCCAAAAUUCAGCAAGAAGCAUUUGAAAUCUCCACUUAAAACAAAAUAUCUAACAUCUCCAACAUUUAGUAAUCAGUAUGUCACAAAAGGAACUUUAUAUAUUCCGUAUGCUGAAAUAAAAGAGCCGUUUUACGCCUGGUAUGAUGGCGAGCUAGGAUCAAGUCGUAUCGAUUAUUACGGAGGAAUGGUGAAAACAUUCCAGCUUAGCGGUGAUGGAAGUCACGGAUCGAGUAUCAAAAUAGCUCCGAUGACUACUGAACAGGAAUUGAAUAAAGAGUCAUGUUUCAAAAUUUACGGAGACGAUCAAAUGGCUAUCCAGCCGCAAACAAUUCUUCCAGAUACGAGUGGCAUGCAGUGCAUCGGGGAAGAAAUAAUCGAUGGGGCUCCUUGUGAAAAAUGGCGCCUUGUAGAGAAGUUUGGUGAAAAAACUAAUAAAUAUACUCUUUGGAUUAGAUACAAGAAAUCAGUUAAUAAUGGAGUAAAACAAGCUAUUCCAGUAAGAUACGAGAUGAAAGGAUUUAAUUCACUUUUAGGAUCUCAUUAUGAUCAUUAUUAUUUGGAUUAUGAUUGGUAUUCAUAUGAAACUCCAGAUGCAAAUGUUUUCCAAAUUGCUAGCAACAUGUCAUGCACUAGUUUCCCAGGACCAGGAGACCGACAUCUGUAUACAUUCAAUCCUAUCCAUGAAUUUAUUUCUAAUGAUCACCGUCACGUAGACACAGAGUUUGAAAUUUUCAAAAGAAAACACAACAAACAGUACGACGGUAUAAAAGAGCAUGGUAACCGAAAGGAAAUAUUCCGUCAAAAUUUGAGAUACAUCCACUCAAUAAACCGAAAGAAUCAAGGCUUCCAAUUGGCAGUGAAUCAUUUGGCUGAUCGCAACGACACCGAGUUGAAAUACUUACGAGGAAAGCGAUUCAGUCCAAUUUCUUACAACGGUGGACUACCUUUCCCACAUGACGUAGAAAAAGAGUCUGCUGCGCUACCAGAAAAUCACGACUGGAGACUUUAUGGCGCCGUAACACCCGUUAAAGAUCAGUCAGUUUGCGGAUCUUGCUGGAGUUUUGGUACAACAGGCGCAGUCGAAGGUGCUUACUUUAUGAAGUACAAAAAUCUGGUACGAUUAUCUCAACAAGCGCUGAUAGAUUGCUCUUGGGGCUACGGUAACAAUGGCUGUGACGGCGGUGAAGACUUCCGAUCAUACGAGUGGAUCAUGAAGCACGGUGGACUCCCUACUGAAGAUGAGUACGGCGGAUACAUUGGGCAAGACGGUUACUGUCAUAUCAAUAAUGUUACGUUAACUGCUAAGAUGGCUGGUUUUGUCAAUGUUACUUCUGGGGAUCCUAAAGCGUUGAAGGUCGCUCUUUAUAAAAAUGGUCCAGUGUCCAUUGCCAUUGAUGCUUCACAAAAAGCUUUCUCUUUCUAUUCUAAUGGAGUUUUCUACGACGCUCAUUGCAAAAAUACAGUAGACGGUUUAGAUCACGCUGUUCUAGCAGUUGGCUGGGGAUCAAUGAAUGGCGAAGAUUACUGGCUCGUUAAAAAUUCAUGGUCUAAUUACUGGGGUAAUGAUGGGUACAUUCUAAUGGCUCAAAAAGAUAACAAUUGUGGCGUUUUAACAGCACCAACUUAUGUCAUAGCUGCGUGAAGAGAAGCACCGAAAUAAUCUGUGAUUCUACAUACGAAUUUAAAAAAAAAAAUAUGAAUAUUAUUAAAAAUAAAAAGUUAAUCGUUUAUAUAGAUAGAUUAUAUAACAAUAAUAGGAGCUGACCUUAACACACUCAUUAAAGUAAGAUCAUUAUUUUUUUAUUAGAACUAUUAUGUUUAGAUUAUAUUGUAUCAUUACUAAUAUUGUAAACUAUACAUCCUGUUUAUAAGAUGUUAAAAUAAUUCAAUUUAACUUCAUCAAAUUAUAAUAUUAAAUUUAAGAAAUAAAUUUUCUUAAUGUUUUAAA